AAACACCAGUGUGGUCGAUGUUACUCGUUUUUGAAAACUUUAAAAUGUUAAGGCUUUCCGUUACUCAAUUAUUUAUUAUUGGAGCAUUUUUUAUAGUCGCAGUGCAAUCCAGAAUAUGUAGUAAAGAAGUAAUUAAAACGCGCCCGGUGGUUGAACCUGUUAGUAUAUUGUCAAAUGGCCGACACUCUAUGGACGAGGAUGAAGUGACUCCAAAACCAUUAUCUAAAUCGAGGAGGAGGUAUGAAAACGUAACCGUCACGAUCACAUAUUGUUGUAGAGAAGAAGAUGACACAGAAAUCAGUUUAAAAGAAUGCAUAAAAGACUGCAAAGCAAAUUGUAUGCUUGGCAAGUGCAAGAAAGGAAGUUGUGUAUGUAGCUACGGGUUCAAAUUAGUCAACAAAAACUGUGUCUCAUUCUGUGACCUCUGUAUAGAAUCAAAUGGGACGUGUGAGGGUUUAAUAUUAUGCCGGUGUAAGUCUGGAAGCUAUGUGGACCAACCAUGUCCAUUUCCUGAUGAAUAUCCUAAAACAACUACGGAAAAUUUUGGAGAUUUCAGAGACACUGAUGAAGAUGUAGCCUUUAUGAGGUAUUUGUGGGCGAAAUUAAAUAACGAUUCUAUACCAUCAGGAUCUGAGAUUGUUCUGGACGAUUAUGAUCGCUUUGGAGGUUCGAACCACACGAAUAAUUCAACGGAACCUUCAACGACUAUUGUGCCUAUGAAUACGACGAUAGCUCAAAGUAAUAAUGAAACAACAGAAAGAACAACUACAUCAUCUCUAAAUAUUACACGAGAUACAAGUGAGCAGUCUACUGCCGCCAAAGAUGUUGCGCCUAUUUCAACCGAAAACGCUGUCACAGGUCAAAGUAACUCUACCGACUUAAAGCAGGGUUCAGCAACAUUCAAGUUUCAGCAAAAUGGCGUGUCUAUAUUAAUUGCAAUAAUAUUCGGUAAUCACACGUGCGGAAAUCAAAAUAGUUUGUUGGUAAAUGCUCCAAGCAGUAAUUAACUAUUAGAUAUAGAAAUAAAAGGUAAUUUCCUUGGAAUUUUGGAGCCUUUGAGAGGAUUUUUUAUUUUGUGUAUGGUAUACCUACAUAUGUAUUUUAAAACAUUUUUUUAAAAUAAAUGUUACAUUAUUA